CGUCACCGCUGAAUACGCGCGUCCCGGCACCGCGAGUUCUCUUCCACCGUCGGAUUACAGGCGAGGCAGCACGCGACAGCACCGACACCGAGCCGCCGAACGUCGAACAAAACCCAGAUACCAAGAUGAGUGGACUCCAGUGCCUCGCCUCCGAGAACAUCUGGUUCGACAAACAGCGCUACGAUGAGGCAGAGACGCACUUCUACGAGGGAGCCAACGGGCAGUCAUCCUCACAUGCAGGAGCAGACCAGGAGCUGGUUACACGCAUGAAGAGCCUGGAGCUGGAGAACCAGACGCUGCACAAAGUGGUGGAGCACAUGAAAGCAACCAUGCUGAAGUUAGAGUCCAGAGUAGCUUUGCUGGAAAAGACCCCUGCAACAGCAGCCGUCCCAUCUGCUAAGGCUGCUCCAGCCAAGGUGGAAGACAGUGAUGACGAAGAUGAUGACAUGGACUUGUUCGGCAGUGAUGAAGAUGAUGAGGAGACAGAACGCCUCAAGCAGGAGCGCAUUGAUGCCUAUGCAGCCAAGAAGGCCAAGAAACCUACACUCAUUGCCAAGUCAUCGAUCCUGUUGGACGUCAAACCUUGGGACGAUGAGACGGACAUGGCGAAGCUGGAGGAGUGUGUGCGCACGGUGCAGAUAGACGGGCUCCUGUGGGGAGCAUCCAAACUGGUGCCGGUGGGCUACGGCAUCAAGAAGCUGCAGAUCGGCUGUGUGGUCGAGGACGACAAGGUCGGAACCGACAUCCUCGAGGAGGAGAUCACCAAGUUUGAGGACUUUGUCCAGAGUGUAGAUGUAGCUGCCUUCAAUAAGAUCUAAGCUCCACCUGCUCUUCCUUUGCUGCUGCUGCUCCUCGCUGACACGGUUAUUAAAGCUUUGAGCACAAA